AUGGCGGACAAGAAGCGGCUGCUAGGACCGGGGCCACUGGAACCGAUGCCCCUGGACAUGACCUGCAAGCCCUGGUACAAAGACAAGUUGCCCUCCAAGUGUUUCGCAAAGCACAAGAAGAUGCUCCCGAAGUUCCCCACCUCCCUGGACAGCCGGCAGUGGAUAUUUGUGAAAGAGCUGCUGGACGACUUCCGGAAGGGUUGCCCACCUUGUGAAGAUAUGAUCACUCGCAGCCCUAAGGAGGGCUUCCUCCCCAGGAUUGCUCACAGAGUUCCCCAGCAUGCCCCCAAAAAGAGUCAGAAAAAGCUGCCCGAGGAAGCAGACCUGUUUUCCACGCUCUCGCCAGCACAGCUAGCACAGAAGGCAUUCGUGGAGAACAUCGAAGCCCAGCUGACCAAGCAUCCCUUGGCUCUCUACCCGAAUCUGGAGGAAGAUCUACCUGCAGACCUCUUAUUAAAGGUGUUGGAAGUGCUCGAUCCUGACGGGAAGCUGGAGGACACAUGGGCUUAUUGUCAGGGCCCCAGGAAAACAACAAAGUCCCCCACAAAGCUUCGUAAAAAACGUCCUGCCAAGGUCUACCUGGAACCUCCAAAGAAGGCUCCUGUGUCACAUCCAGCCAGUUUGCAUCACGAAGACAAGAAGUCAAGGAGAAAGGAUUCACUCACUGAUCCUCCUGUUCACAGAGAAGUACCGAAAGCAAUUUGUAAAUCCUUCAAAUGGGCUGCUGCUUUUGGAAACUUGGGCAUUGAUGAAGAGCUCAUCACGAAACUGUGUGAGGUUGGCUGUGAGUGGCCACCAGCCCAGGAUACAGUCUACAUGAAGAAAGUAACCCAGGUCCCUUCAAAGGUAAAGUACAGCAUCGGGCUAGAGAAAAUGGAGAAGAUAAAAUUAUCCAGAGAGGAAGGAAACUGGGAGAGGAAACCCCAGAAGCCACAGAAUCCUUAUAAACCCAACUCGGUGGAGAUGAGGUAUGGUGCAUUGUACCUGAAGCCCAAGUUGUGGAAAAAGCUAGUUAAUGACAAACCUUCAAUUGACCCCAACGUCUUACUUGAAGAUGGGAGUUUUAGAAAGAAGCUUCCUGAACACGACAUUCUUGAAGAUCUUUAUGGACAAAUAGCGUUUAAAGAUUUCAUUCUAAGCAAGGGCUACAGGAUACCAGACAUCCUUGAGAGGCUGUUCCUCAGGAAGGGAUGGAAAUAUGAUUCUGUUAAGACUCCUAUACACAAAGUAAUAAAAAUCAGCCAAAAUGGAGAUGAUGGCACGAGAAGAUGUUUAGACAGUUUUCUAUUUACUACUUGCUUGGCUAUUUCUCUCUCUCAUUUUAAUAUCAAUCAGAAUUCAUGUGUCGGAUUCACCCGGAGCUCAGUCUUGGGACUAACUCCCCAGGUAUCGCUCAAACGUCGCUUCUCUGGGGAGUCCUUCUCAGACUACCACACCCCAAUUAUCACCAUGCAUCACUCUCUACCACCUUCCCCUGCUUUAUCUUUAAAUUUAUCUCUACGAGAUGUGCCACCACAGCUUUGUCAGUUGUGUGGCAGGAGCAGGGAUAAAUUAAAUUCAACUCUGGAAGGAUGCAAAAAUCGCAAACCCAGUAGAAAUGGAUAUCAUGGCCAGCGAUACCCAGAUCAUGAUCUCCUGACCACUUACCAUAAAAAAGAGAAGACUGCACUUACCCCAGAGGAAGGAAUUGGUAAAUCACGGGAAAGGGGCUGUGAUUCUAGGACUGUGCUGAACGUUUACGAGAGACAACAAAGGGAGCGAAGACCAAGUUCAAAACGAGUGAAAGCUGGAGAGGUGGAAAGAUUCACUGAGACUCUGGAGCUGGUGCUCUGCUGUCAGACAAGUGUGAACGUGACCAGAAACAGAAAGAGAAAAGUGGAGAUCACUGGAGUUAAUAAGGUCCAGGAACCCAGUGAAGAGGCUAUCAGAAGUGUCAUUAGUGUGGGUGUUGAAGUCACUGAGGAGAGCUAA